ACAGUAACGUUAAACAGGAGACAUUUUGGUGUUGUAAAGGAAGGAGGCUUCUUGUGCGGGUAAAAGAAAACACGUUAACCGGGAUGGAGAGACUUUAACGGGGGAGUUUAUGAGUGUACGUGCAGUGUAACGUGGCCAUGAUGUCGCUGACUGCUCACACGUCACAUUCAGAGCUGAGCGACAUUAAAGAUAUGUGUAUUUCCUUGUCGCCUCGGCAGUAGCACCGCAGUAUAAACAGCCUCCAUAUGUCACGGUGAAGUAUGGACGGGUGGAGUCCAAUCGUCGCUACAGCCUCGGACAAUGAGCGCUCCAGCUCCGAGGGGGAGUACAUGGUGGAGCCCGGAGCCGAGGAUGAGCCCCGGGAGGCGGCUGGCAGCAGAGAGCAGCGGGGCAACAUGGAGAGGAUGGACCCCGGGGGGACCGCUGCUGUCGGGUUCGGGAUCAGUGGGACCGGGGAGGGUAAGGUGGUGUUAGGUCGGGUCGGACAGAGAGACGAUAAAGAGCUCAGGUACCUGCACCUGCUGUGGGAGCCGGGACGAGCCGAGCUGGGAGCCGGUGGGGUGAGCAGUAAGACGGGGAAGGUGAUGGGGAGCAGGACCAGGAGGCACCACAGAGCCCUGCGGAACCUCGGUCCUCUGGGGAAAGAUAUCUAUGCUGUGAAGAGACUGAGGGAAGCAGCAAACAGCAAUGACAUCGACACAGUUCGAAGGCUCCUGCAAGACGACAUCGACCCCUGUGCAGCAGAUGACAAGGGAAGGACAGCCCUGCAUUUCUCCUCCUGCAACGGCAACGAGAGCAUUGUGCAGCUGUUGCUGAGCCACGGCGCUGACCCCAACCAGCGAGACAGUCUGGGGAAUACCCCCCUCCAUCUGGCGGCCUGUACCAACCAUGUGCCUGUAAUCACCACACUGCUGAGAGGAGGAGCCCGUGUUGACGCCCUCGACCGAGCAGGCCGGACCCCUCUGCAUCUAGCACGCUCCAAGCUUAAUAUUCUGCAGGAAGGAGAUUCACGCAGCUUAGAAACUCUGAGAGGGGAAGUCACACAGAUCAUUCAGAUGCUGAGAGAAUACCUGAACUUAAUGGGUCAGAGUGAAGCUAAAGAGAGGCUGGAGCACAUUUCAACACAGCUGCAGCACACGCGCACCAAAGAGCAGGUGGAUGAAGUAACAGAUUUAUUGGCCAGUUUUACAUCUCUCAGUCUACAGAAACAGAAUUUGGGAGAUAGGUAGAAGAUGAAGUUUAUAGAGAGCUGAAGUCCUGCUAGUUUUUCAGAAAGCCUCUGCUCCUCUCGUUUAGGCCAGACAAGCAAAUACUGAACCAUAAUGCUGUUUAUUUUCUGUCCAUGUUCCAAACUAAGUGUUUAUCUGCAGCACUGCUCUACAGGACAUUUGAACACCUCGUCAUUUUAACAAAGAUAACACAGUUAUUCUUAGCACCCUCUGAUGUGUGGAAGGCCUUAGAGUUGCUCUAAUAGUCAUGAAAUUUGAAAUAUAUAUUCCUCUUAUCAUUCCGGACAAAUUUCAAACUGGGUUUCAUUAGCUCUGCCCACCUGGAAGUCAGCCAUUUUGAAUUUGGUGCAGUUUUCAUGUUUUUUAUGCAAACUCUUUUGAACUCCUCCUGCAGGGUUUAUUGGAUUCGUUUCAGAUUUAGGUGGUGUAACCCUCUGACUAAUGUGAUGCCAAAAUUGUGAAGGAAUUGUUGAUAGCUUGAAUUUUGCUAAUGUCAUGUGAGAACACGCCAUUGUAGGCACUUCACAGGCGUAAGACUUUGAUACUUAUUCUAAAGGGUUCAGUAGAUCUACGUCAAACUUUGGCAGCGUUUCUGUUUUCGUGGAGCGCAGUUGCUGUGGUGGUGAGGCAAAUUUUGAUGUUUCAACAUGACACAGGAAGCUGUGGUAGCUUGACUUUGCAUAGUCCAGUCUGCUGCAAAUUUCACAUGCUGGAUAAGAGUCCAGCUGAGCACAGCCGAGCGGCCAACUUCUGCCUGAUGAGUGACUGACCUAGGUUUAGCACUCUGUUUACUUGAAUGGGGAUAGAAUAAUUAAAUCAUCCCUUCUAGACUUUUGACGCCGGGGAUCUACCGAUGGUAGUUCAUUUAUCGAUUUCACCUGUGUAUGAAGCGAGUCAGCAUAAAAUAUUCUAGUGUUCAAACUCGCGUGAGUAACGCUAUGCCAAUAUUGCAUGAGCAUUUGGUGAGUCAAUUACAUGUAAAGACACAAUUAGACGCGAUGGAUGUGAUGCAAAAUACUUGAAUUAAGUGGCGCAAAUGAAGCGAGUACCAUGAUUUUGGGGCACACUCUAAAGUCAAAAUUUCAGCGACCAAUUUGCAUCAUGAUAGCUAGUCGGCAUUGAAAUCCUCCGGGGACGUAUGAUACCGAGGAUGUACCGGCAGAAGUUAUUCACGUGUAUGAAGAUAUUAUAGCCUUCAAACUCACGCGAGUAACAUGACGUGAAAAUUUGCAUCACGUUUGGUGUGAACACAACAUAACAUGUAUUGUCUGUUUUCAAAAUACACUUCCGUUUUCACAGGAAUUGUACAGUUUGCAUACAGUCUCUUUCAAAAUAAAAGCUCUAUGUCAGUACAUCAGCACAAAUUGACUUUUUUUCCAACAACACAGACACGUGGUUGGGCUUAGGAAAAAGAACAGGGUUUGGCUUUAUAAUCUUACGGGACAUGAAUGCUGCUCUCCCAGGUGAAAGUCUGUGUUUGUUGGACCCAUCCACCACCCCCACUUGACUUUCACUGCCUUAACUUUUGUUCUUGUCCCGCCGCGUUUCCCCCUGACGCCGCCGAGUGCUAUUAAAAUAUAAUGGCGAACAGCUGAGUAUCAUGCCAAUGUUAAAGGACGACUUUUUCGACAGUGUCUGACGCCGCAAGUCGCUGCCCAAGCGCUGGAUUUGACGACUUUGGAGUGAGACUGGGUUGUCCAUCUUUAAAGACAGUCUGUGGUCAACACAAAGUGUGCAUGGAGGUGUGAGGGCGGCGACGUUUACGUUUAAAAUCGUCAUAUCAAUUGUCGUAGGUAAAGAGAGUAUAAAUGAACCUUCAGACUGAUAUUUGAACUGUGCUGACAAAAAUAUUGCUAUCUUGGUUAAAAUGAGAAGAUGCUCAGAUGCUGCAGUGUAGUCGAUCUUCACUGAGCUCGUGGACGGAAACAGUAUCACGUUCGCCUUUCAGAAGAAGGAUAAAGGAAACCCCCCGAGGGAAAUAAUGUACAUUAGGAACAGGAAGCUGGUGGAACAGAAGCCGACCCAGAAGUGCAGCGGGAUCUCAGCUCUCUAUUGUGUGUGUGUGUGUGUGUGUGUGCUAGAGUGUGCGAGUCACGGCUGUGUUUAUGUGCUGACAUGUUCUCUCUGCCUGCUGUUAUUAGCUCAGCUCUCUGAUAAUUAUGAGACGUGUUUCUCAUGAAAUGAUUCAAACAGUUUUCACUGUUGUAUUUUCAGUUUUCUUAUGAAGCAUCUUUGUAUCUCGUUGCCUUUUCUCUUGUACUGCAUGUUCUGUUUGUGUGUGAAACCGUACUGUAAAGAUUGAGUUUGCUGUCAGUGGAAAUGGAUUUAUGUGAUUCAAUAAAUCAAUAUGU